AUGAGUUGCUAAUCGUUUAGUUAUCUUUUGAUAUUUUUUCGCUUUUACUCAUUGAAAUAUAUUGUGUGAAGAUCAAAAACAACGUUAUUAAUAAUUUGGUAAAGAAAAAUAUCCUUUUACUAGCUGAAAUUAAUCUUCGAAAGCCUUUCUGAAUUGUUUUCCGGAUUUUGAACCCAUCCAUCUGGCAACACUGUACCGGACCGAAAUUUUCUGUGAUAAUCUGGCAGAUAUCAAGAAACAAAAGGAAAAAAUAUAUAAUUGUACAAAAAAGUUACAAUUCUCUCACAUGUAUAUUUUUUCUUCUAAUGAAAUUUCGUAACGAAGUAUUUUUUUUAAAAAAUGCACAAAAAUACAACCAAAGGUUAAUAAAAAAACCCGGUGCAUUCGAUAGCUUUUGGAAAGAUCUAUCUGAUUAUGGAGUUUCUUUAAAAUUAAUUUGCCAUAUAAGCGAAUAAAAUACACUAUAAGUAGUUUUUGUUACGGAAUUUCAUCAAAAAUCAGAUGUUUUUAUUUGUGAUGAUUCAAUCAUUUUUUUUGUAAGAAGCUCACUAGAAGAAAAAAUGAUAUUACCAUCACUUCAUAACUGCAUACAGGGGUAGGUAGUGACAUCUGCCGUAUAUACUAUCGUUAGUACCCUUUCAACUGACAUAUUUAGUUUUCUUGAUUUUUUAAUUCGAACCUCUUCCCAUGCAUGGAAGACCGAUGCAUGGCCAUGUCCAUUGCUCUUGCUCGGAAAACUUCCUUACAACAAUUUCCAUGCACAGUUUUCACUCACUGCAAGACUCUACUUUUUACCAUAUAAACGGUCUGGACAAGAACUAGAAGUGAUAUCGACGUGAAAAUCGUUACGAAAUCCUUUUUUUUUUAUACGGAAUUAGUAAAAGCCUUCUGAAUUUUUAUCUGCGAAAAGAACAUUCUCGAAAUCUCUUCGACAAUGAUGAUCCUUUUUUUUUUUUCAUUCAUUGUAGUAAUUCCCAAUGUUUCAGAAAAGGAGCGAUGGGUACUGAUUAGGAUUGAUAUUUGUGUACUAAGUAGAGAUGGACAACUACACUAUAUCCUGCUCCAACUCCACAUAACUCUAGUCCUAUUUUCUAAAACUCCACAUCAAUUUCAACUACAGUGUGUUUUGCUCCAACCUCAUACCACUCCACUCCUUUUUUUCUAAAAUCCUACUCCAACUCCGAUUUAACUUUAAUUCCAGUCGAAUUUUAGAAAACUGAACUUCUACCAAAACACUCUUAAAUACACAUAAGUUUUUUAACAUAAUUAAAUCUACGAUUGAUAUCAAUUAGUAGCAUAUUAAUCUAUUGUUUUAUAAACUUUCUCAUAAAAUCCAGAGAUAGGCACGUUCACUCUCAUUCUGAUGAGAAAUAGUGUCAACUUUGGAGUUGUAAUUGCCCAUCUCUGAUAUCAACCAUUCCAAAAUACUUACUCUUCAGAUCCUCCUGAACAUAUCCAUAACAUGCAAGCUUACAGAAGACUUCUCAGAACAAGUACUACAUAAGGAUUAUAACAUGAUCCUCAUAGAAGAUAAUCAUUAUUUUUAGAUUUUCAGAUUUUACCAGAGUAUCUUGUUUAGUCACCAAGAUUCUCUUUGAGGACCCUUAUACAAUGGUUUGAAGAUGGUGUUCAUCAAAAGUUAAAAAUAGCAUUUUUAGAACACUUUCUUUUCAAAGCCCAUAAAAUCCAUAGAUCCCAAUGUUUGUUACUGGAGAGCUCAUUUCGGAUUGACAUCCAUCUUUUCAACAUUUGCAAAAGUAGAAGCCCUCUCAGAUUACAUAGAUUCGCAUGGAAUCCUCUCAACUUUGUUCAGUUUCGCCUGUAUCCAAGUCUUCUCAUGAUCCUACUCAGAGUACAUCACGGUUGUUCUUCGAACAGCUUGACAUAACUUAUCAAAAGCCUUAUAAAAUUUCAUCGGCAUUCUCUAUGCAAAUACUUAGGAGAUUCUUUGGCAGAUGCACAUUCAUCAUACAGAAAAUCAUGUAUCCUUAAGGUUUCCUAGAAAACAUAGGGAUUAGGUUUGAUAUUAUGUUGUUCAACGAUUCGAUAUUCUUCUCACAAGAUACAGAUAGAAUCUUCUCUGAUGUUCAUAUAAAUGAUCAUUCUGCCCAAAAAGAUUCUGAAUCCUUGCAAUUCUGAAUGAAAUCUUCAGAUCCUUAUGGUUUUCUAUCAAAAACUUACAUGGAAUUAGUAUUACUCUUUCUUGGAGAACCUCCUUACAGCAAUCUCCAGGUGUUAUUUUUAUGAUCAAAAAGAUCUUGGCAAAAACUAGAAGUAACAUAGAUGUAAGAAUCGUUACCAAAUCUUUUUUUUCUCAUAAGAAACUAGGAAAAGACUUCUGAAUUUUUAUCUGUGGAAUGAGCAUUUUCAAAGACGAAUGUCAUAUUUGUAGCGCUUGCUCUCACGAGAGACGAGAUCCCUUCCAUAACGACGAUUUCUUUUCUUUUUUGUUCAUUGUAGUAAUUCCUAAUAUUCCAAUCAAUGCCCGAUGGGCACAGAAUGCGACGACUGUUGCUGGAGGACAUGGAGAAGGCAGUGCUACCAAUCAACUCUCCUGGCCUCAUGGUCUCUUCGUUGAUGAUGAUCAAACGAUUGUCAUCGCCGACUGGGGCAAUCAUCGUAUCGUCCAAUGGAAGAUGGGUGAUACGAAUGGACAAGUUGUAGCUGGUGGCAAGGACCCAGGAAAUCGAUUGGAUCAAUUGAAUCGACCAACCGAUGUAUUGAUCGGCAAAGAGACGGAUAGUCUCAUUAUUUGUGAUUGGUUGAAUCGACGAGUCGUACGAUGGUCUCGUCGUAGUGGUACAACUCAAGGAGAAAUCCUCAUCGACAACAUCGGUUGUCGAGGAUUGGCAAUGGAUGAUCAGAGAUAUCUCUACAUCUCUGACACCGACAAAGAUGAAGUAAGACGAUAUCAAAUAGGAGACAAGAAUGGAACUAUUGUAGCUGGUGCCAAUGGUUAUGCUGCUGGUCUCAAUCAACUCACCUCUCCGACCCACAUCUUUGUCGAUCAACAACAGACUGUCUACGUCUCUGACAACCUCAAUCAUCGUGUAAUGAAAUGGAAUAAAGGUGAAAAAGAAGGAAUUGUCGUCGCUGGAGGUCAAGGCCAAGGAAAUGCUCUGACACAACUGUCGAAUCCUCAUGGACUGUUCGCUGAUACAUUGGGUACCAUCUAUGUGGCAGACUGGGGAAAUAGUCGAGUGAUGCGUUGGCCUAAAGGAGCGAAACAGGGCACUGUUAUUGUGGGUGGAAAUGGCCCAGGAGCUAAUCAGCUCAACUCUCCCACCGGUUUGUCCUUCGAUCUACAUGGCAAUCUCUAUGUCGUCGAUUAUGGGAAUCAUCGUGUUCAACGCUUUUCAAUCGAAUAG